AUGAUCGACGGAUACUCGGACGCGGCCGUCACGGUCACCUUAUCGGAUAGCAAGCUGGAGGAGAUCAAGGCUCAAUUCGACCGAGUUCACUACUAUCCAGAUGGCACGUUCCCCGAGGAGCUGCUGGAAAAGAUCGACAUCUGGUACACGAGCUGGCUGGGCUUGCCAGAAAAGGUGACGGAUGUUGCGCAGGUACCGCGGACCAAGAUUGUGCAGAUGUCUUCAGCUGGAGCAAACAACUUUUUGGCGAGUAAGGUCAUGUCGUCCGACGAGGCAAAGAAGCAGAUCAAGGUGUGCUCUGCAUCUGGUAUACAUACCCUGUCCAUCCCUCAAUAUGUCAUCGCUAACAUCGUCAACCUGUAUGUGAAGCUCCAGGUGCAGUUCCACAUCGUACGGACAGAGGCGAGAUGGCCAUCCAGGCCAGAGGUGAUCAAGGCGGCAGGCUUGACAGAGGCAAAGCAGACGGGCAACCGGAGCUUGAGGGGAAAGACGGCUGGCUUCCUGGGGUAUGGCCAUAUUGCUCGUGAGACGGCCCGGCUCCUCAAGGCGUUCAACUGCGAGAUUAUCGCUGCCAACACCAAAGGCGAUAAGCGACCGGAAGAAGGCUACGCCAUGUCUGGCACUGGCGAUGCGGACGGAUCGAUCCCCUCUGCUUACUACGCCACCUCCGACCCCGCAAGCUUCCGCGAGUUCCUCAGCAAAUGCGAUAUUCUCGUUGCCAGCUUGCCGUCAACCAAGCAGACCCACUACAUGCUCACGGCGGACCACCUCGCUGCUCUGCCGGAGGGGUCAGUCUUCGUCAAUAUCGGCCGAGGGGAUCUUGUCAAGUCUGAGGACAUUCUAGCUGCUCUCGAUGCACCGGGCGGUCUCGAAGGUGUCGCACUCGACGUGACUGAUCCCGAACCGCUCACGGACGGCCACCCCCUCUUCACCCACCCCCGAGCGAUCAUCACGCCCCAUACAAGCGGUAGCUUCGAGGGCUACUUUGACAGUGGUGCGGACGUGCUCCUGUUCCAAGCGGACAGACUGAAGGCUGGCCGUGACCCCGUCAACGUUGUAGACCCCGUCAAGGGCUAUUGA